CUGCCAGCCAACAGCUCCGUUCUUGGAGGCGUGCAAGGCAGCAAGGCACCUCCUACAUUCGCCAUCUUUGUGUAGCUGCAGCUGACGGAAAAAUUGGCCUCAACGCUUGAGAGGCCAGGUGUGUCUUUUGGGAUCAAGUUUCUCGUCCCUGUGGGCUGGCUGCCUGUAAAGCGGCGCAUAAGGCGAAAACAGGCCGCCUGUUAUCUCCGGCCCUCUGCGACUGAGGGCGCCUUCUCGAACCGCAGUUUUGUUUCGGUUGACGAGAGACUGGGGGACGGACAGACAGGUUGCGUGCGGGCUAGGAGAAGGCACAAAUGACGGAGAGCGGAACCAUGGCCGGGGCGUCUUCCGAUUUCAACGAAGACUGGGAAGACUGGGACCCGUCCCAGGGCAACUUUUUGCACCACAUGGUGGCGGGCUCGAUCGCGGGGAUCACGGAGCACACCGUCAUGUACCCGAUGGACACCUUCAAGACCUACGUGCAGUGCAUGCGCGAGUGCCCCGAGGCCGUGGCGGGGAGGAGGGUGAUGGAGCUGGUGCGCGGGCAGGGCAUGCUCCGGCUCUGGCGAGGGGUUGGCACAAUGUUUACGGGCUGUGUGCCGGCACACGCUCUCUACUUCAGCGUCCUCGAGUAUUGCAAGGUACGAAGUAGUACCAGCAGAGACGGAAGUAAAAGCGUCUAUGAGGUACAUCCAUCCGCCGAGCCUUUUUUGACGGCAGCGCUUCGUGGCCAGGCAAGACUAACCGAAGGGAGGACCGGUUGCGUUAGUUUUAUUUUGUGGUACUGCUGUAGCUGCACGACACGUUAG